AAUUUCAACGAUAUGGUUUAUGAUUUGAACAAUGAAAAACAUGUUUGCGUAUGUUUUAAAGUGUUUUAGAAGCAGCACUUUCAAUCCACAACCUACAGCAGGUUCAUGCGCAGUGAAGGGGCCUUGGCUUUGCGUACGGCGCGAGUUUCUGUGAAAAAAUGAACGGAACGCUUGCCAGUGAAGUCCGGACCAGUCGAAGGUCCACCAGGAAUAGAAUACACUAAGGAAAUUGGAAAAUGAAGAUGUUGGCAAGAGAGGAGAGUAAAUUAGAAUAGAAGGAGGAGAUUGUAGCAAGGAUCGAUCCAUUCGAGACACAGGCUUUUUUAUCUUCUUCCGGAAAAUCUCUCUCUCGCCCCUUUUACGACAAAACAACGAGAGGGAAGGAAAGAAGAAGAAAUUGCGUGAAAUCGAUUUUCUCAGUGACAUCAAUUACUCACCUGAAUAUAGAAAAAAAAGAAUUGGACAAUAAUUGAGUGUUUUCGUUUCUCCACGUGACUUGACAGCAACUGUCACAACUGUCAAAAAACGAAGUUUGGAGAGUAAUUUUUUUCGCAACAUUGAGGAUAUAAUUACCAAGAAGGGGAAUAAUUGGAAAAUUAAUGGAAAUUUGAAAAAGAAUUUAUUCGACAUUUUUUUGUGCUACAAUACAAUUUGUGGGACUAUACGAGGAAUUGUUUGAAAGAUUGAGACCUUCGAAAUGGAGUUCAAGUUCAACGUGAAUAAACUCUUGCCCCGGAAAAUCAACAAGAUCACGCACACCCUUAUUCCAGAGGACUUUCGAGGUGAUCGAAGGGAAUUCAAUGAGUGCCAGAGGCAGUUGACUCGAAUUCUGGAUGAAAUAGGCGAGGCAUCGUCGAAAGCACAAGGACUCAGUAAACCAAUAACGAGUGCAACAAAAAUGAGAAAUUCGGAUCAUACGGUCUAUAUAUUAGUUGACAAUGAAGGCAACAAUGGUUUGGGGAGUGUUAUUGGACUAUUAAAAGUUGGAUCGAAGAAUCUCUUUAUGUUUGAUGAAACUGGAAUUCAUUAUCAAGUGAAACCAAGAUGUAUAUUGGAUUUUUAUAUUCAUGAAUCCCGACAACGAAUGGGACUUGGAAAUCUUUUAUAUCAGCACAUGCUCACUGAGGAAAAUCUACGACCAGUUAAACUUGCAAUCGAUCGACCCUCUGAGAAGUUCCUGUCUUUUAUGAACAAGUAUUACGGAUUAUCGGACAUAAUAUCGCAGAACAAUAAAUUUGUCGUCUUCGAGGGAUUUUUCGACGAUGAGGAGCAGGAAACCAAGGGCAACAGAUACAGUCAGUCGGCCAAGUAUUCUGACAGGUCUUCCUGCUACAGUAGCAGCAGUGAAAAUGGAAGGAGCCUGAAUGGAAGUUCACAAUCGGCGAGUGUUUUACCUCGAAGCGCUUUUGGAAGAUACGCUGCCGCCCGUCCACCUUGUUCCAUGGCGACUAUAAUUCAUAACACUGCAGUGCUUGGCCAAUCUGCCGAGCGAGCAAGUGAAAUAUCGGAUAUUCGACGAGGUUUACAGACACCAAAUAAUUCAAAACUCGAGCGACCACGUUCACUGAGUUUGUAUUCUGAGGAGGAGCAAAAAAAUCGAAACCAUGAAUUAUCAACAGCACCAACACCGGCAUUGCCUGAUGAUGAACCACUUCCUUCAGUGCCACAAACUCCAGCAAUUCCGGAUGAGCCAGAAGUACCAGAAGUGCCGCUAAUUCCUGAGCCGGAAGAGGAGCCAGUGCAGGAAAAUGCAGAGCCGGAAAUUGUUGAGAAAACGAGGGAGAAUAGCGUAAAAUCAUCGCCUUCCUGCGGACAGGAAGUUGCCGGUACCACACAAGCUGGUCAUCUCGAUCUCAAAUUUUACCAUUCGCCUCUGUGGUAAUUUUUUUUUUAUUCAAAGGGAAAAAAAUUGAAAAACUAAAAAAAUUUUUUGAUGAUAAAAAAUCGUCCGCGUCAAUUCUGAGUUUUUGCACAAUAGAAAUAGUGGUUUUUUUUGUUUGUUCGGUAAAUAUUUCGAUAAGAAAUUUUCAAAACUGCCUUUUGGGGGAACUUUUUUCAUUUUUGGUAUGUAAAAAUAUUGCGUCCUUUAUGAGAAUAUUCGUAAAGUCAGCCAAUGUGUACCGUAAUUAAACUUCGAUUUUUCUUAACAUUUACACUUUAAAUUUUUGUAUUUUCGUUUUUUAUUUUGAAAUAGAUUUUUAAUUAUUGCACGAAAAAUAGUGAAAGCAGCACAAAAAGUAUCGAUAUAUUAGUGUAAUAAAUACAGACUUAAUUUCACGUACUUUUAGCUUUUCUUUUUCAUGUGCAAUAUAACUUUAGGAAAUUAACGAUAAAAUAGAAUGGCAAACAAAAUAAUUAAACGUUAUUACGCGAAAAUACUUAACGUAGACACAAUAGCACACUUAAAAAUAAUCUCAAAAAAAAAUUGCUAAUUUUACAGUCCGAAAUAUCAAAUUUUAUUUCUUU